GAAGAGUUGCUGGACCAGACCAUCGUCAGGAUAGCAGCUCACUUACCAGAUCUCAUUGUCUAUGGAGAUUUCUCCUCAGAGCGGCCCGCAGUGGAAGAUUUUGAUGGAGUCCUGAUGUUUGUAGAUAUUUCAGGUUUUACUGCAAUGACUGAGAAGUUCAGCACAGCUGUGUACAUGGGACGGGGGGCUGAGCAGCUGGUGGAGAUCCUCAACUACCACAUAAGUGCAAUCGUGGAGAAAGUGUUGAUUUUCGGAGGAGACAUCCUAAAAUUUGCAGGUGACGCACUGCUAGCUCUGUGGAAGGUGGAGCGGAAGCAACUAAAAAACGUGAUCACGGUGGUAGUGAAAUGCAGCCUGGAGAUCCACGGAUUGUUUGAGGCCGGAGGGUCCAAAGAAGGCCUGGAUAUCGGAGUCAAGAUAGGAGUGGCUGCUGGCCACAUCAGCAUAUUGGUCUUUGGAGAUGAAACACGCAACUUCUUUCUGGUGACUGGUCAAACAGUGGAUGAUGUGCGUCAUGCACAGGGCAUGGCACAGAUGAACGAUGUCAUUUUGUCACAAAACUGCUGGCAGCUCUGUGACCGGAGCAUGAUAGAAAUCGAGAGGAUUCCAGGUCAAAGAGCAGCUAAGCUUAGCUUCUUAAAACUACCGUCUUCAUUUAAGUUUGAUAAAUUUUUCACAAGAUGUAUGGCCUUCAUGGAACAUUAUCCUUCUGGUGACCACAAAAACCUCCUGAGGCUUGCGUGCACACUGAAGUCUACUCCUGAACUGGAAUUGUCCCUACAAAAGUAUGUGAUGGAAAACAUUUUGAAGCAGAUUGGCGACAAGCAUCUCCGGGGAUAUUUGUCUGAGCUUCGCCCAGUGACGAUUGUGUUUGUGAACCUGAUGUUUAAAGAGCAAAACAAAACAGAGGUCAUAGGCUCAGUCAUUCAUGACACCUGUGUGCACAUUAAUUCUGUCCUGAAAGUCUUCCACGGUCAAAUCAAUAAAGUCUUCAUGUUUGACAAGGGCUGCUCCUUCCUAUGUGUCUUUGGUUUCCCCGGAGAAAAGGCACCUGAUGAGGUUGCUCAUGCUCUGGAAAGUGCUGUGGAUAUCUUUGACUUCUGCUCUCAGGUCCACAAAAUCCACACUGUGUCCAUUGGCGUGACCAGAGGGACCGUCUUCUGUGGGAUCGUGGGACACACCGUAAGACACGAAUACACAGUCAUUGGUCAAAAAGUCAACAUAGCUGCCAGGAUGAUGAUGUGCUACCCUGGAAUUGUGACCUGUGACUCCGUCACUUACCAUGACAGCAAACUACCAGCCUACUUUUUUAAAGAGCUUCCAAAGAAAUUCAUGAAAGGUGUUGCAGAUUCUGGACCAGUCUAUCAGUGUUUGGACCUCCAUGAGAAAGUCAUGCUUCGUAUGGCGUACUCUAUCCGCAAAAGAAAUGAGCUUUACCCUUUGCUGGGACGUAACAAGGAGAUCGAAUACUUCAUAUGUACUAUGAAGGAAUUUUUUGUUUAUAACCAAAGCCGAGUCCUCGUGUAUGAGGCAUCACCAGGUUACGGGAAAAGCCAGGUACUCAUGAAAAUUAAGUGCCUGGCCCAAGGAGAUAAACGCAGGACUGCUGCCAUUGAGUUGAAGAAGAGUAGCUUCCGUCACACUUUUUAUGCCAUCCAGAUGCUCAUGGCCGGUGUACUAGGUCUGGGAACUUGUAAACAUUAUAAAGAACGACAGGCCACACUUCAUAAUAAAAUCCACACACUGAUGGAUGAAAAGCUCCACUGUCUUCUGAACGACAUUUUCUAUGUCCAGUUCCCAAUGACUUGGGAGAUUUCCAAGAUGAGCCCCUCAAGAAAGCAAACGGAAUUGGAAACAUUAUUUAUGAGGAUCUUGGAGCAAACAGCAACAGAGGAAAGCAUUAUUUUCAUCAUUGAUGAGGCCCAGUUUGUGGAUUUGACCUCUUGGGCAUUCAUGGAGAAGCUUAUCCAGAAUGUGCCUAUCAUCAUCGUCAUGUCCCUGUCUCCCUUUGUUGACAUUCCCUGUGCAGCUGCCAGUGCCAUCAUGAAGAACAGGAUCACCACCUACAUCACCCUUGGCGCGAUCCAGCCAAAAGACAUCCGCGACAUGGUCUGUCUGAACCUCGAUGUGAGCAGCAUUCCUAAAGAGCUGGACAUGUACCUGGUGGAGGGAAGCUGUGGGAUUCCAUUUUACUGUAAAGAAUUGCUGCAAAACCUCGAACAUCACAAGGUGCUCGUUUUCCGGCAAAUGAAGUCUAAGGAAAAGACAAAUACGACCUGGAAUAGCCUGUUCACGGAUUUUGUUAUGCCAACAGAGAAAUUAGAAAGCACUGCUUCCCAAGACAGUGAGGAGAAGACAAAAGAAGUCUGUCACCUUGCUAGUGGUGUCAGACUGAAAAACCUGUCACCCCCAUCAUCGUUAAAAG